AUGACUAUGCAAGCUCAACCCUCUCUUCCACUGUCAGUUCAGGCAGCGGGGCCUAUCUCAACCCCGACGCGCAUCACAGAACUGCCAGGCGAUCUUUUCGAUGCCCCCGAGGGGUCCGCACUGAUCCAUGCCUGCAAUACCCAGGGUAGCUGGGGAGGGGGUAUCGCAGGAACCUUCAAGGAACGGUACCCCACGGCAUAUCAAGUAUACCGAAGCCACUGCCUGGGGUUGCUUCGCUCUCGGGAAACCCAUAAGAUCAGGGACAUGCAAACUCACAACAUGACCUCUAUUUCCGUCCAGAAGCCCCUGGGCACAGCCCUUAUCAUCCCGCCACAGCCAGCAGAUUCGCGUCCGGGUCGGAAGAAGCACUGGAUCAUCUGCCUGUUCACUUCGGCAGGGUAUGGUCGUCGUGUUGACCGACGUGAACAAAUCAUCAAUCACACCUAUGCCGCGCUGCGAGAUCUUCAGGAGAAACUUGUUGAUCUCCGCCUGGAUGGGACAGAGCCUGUGCCCACGGCUUUGUUCUCGUGUCAAUUUAAUUCGGGCUUGUUUGGAGUUCCUUGGCGGGAUACCAGGGUGGCUUUGGAUCAGUCUGGAUUGCAUGUAACUGUCAUUUAUCCACCGGGACAGACAGGGAAGACAGAGUAG